CCUUGUUGUUUAGCUUAAUUUAAGGAUUCUAUGGAACAACAUAUACUACUUGGUGAUUGAAAUAAAUAACAUAUAUAUGUAAAGCUUCAGUAUUUGCUUUUAGGGAAAACAAUGGUCUAAUUUUACGAGAAAUAUGGAGAAUCAAACUCAAGGGAUCUCUCAUGCUCAGCGGGUGCUGUCCUUGCUCAACCAACAGCGGUGCUUUGGCCAGUUUUGUGAUGCCAUGCUGAGCACAGGGAGUGGGCAGGUGCACCUGGCACAUCGCAAUGUUCUUGCCUGCUUCAGUAACCUGUUCCAAGAUCCCAGUUCAGACACGCCAUGUUUACAGUUCAGCCUCCCAUUGGAAUGCCCUGAUGAUGGGCUGGAGCUACUGAUUGAUUUUUUUUACACUGGGGAACUCCACUUGGAUGGUAGUAAUAUAGAGAAAGUUCAAAAUGCGGCUAGUGGACUGUCAGUGCCAGACUCUCUGAUGCCAUUUCAGAGUUUGAAAGAACCACUACAACUUUCUGUGUUCAGUGAAGAUGUGAAAGUCAGUCAACUUUUUCCACUGCCAUCUGCAGACUCUGAGCAUGAUCAAACAAUAAAAGAGAAGACUAGAUCUUGGCAUAUAGUGAAAGAAACACCAGAUGAAUGCAGUUUAGCUGUAGAGGUCACAGCUCGUGAUGAAGAUCCCCCUGCCUCAACGUCCAGUACUACCGCACGUUCUGGAAGGCGAGUGAAAGGGCCCAGUCGACUAACAGGGGAGAGCCUCAUGUGUGCUGUCACAAGACAAGGACCAGAAAGGACACGAACGUCAUCUAUAGAGAAUACAGAGGAAGAUCACCUCAAACCUUCUGACUCGACUGAGAAUGAGACUGAGCAGGUGGAUGGGUCUGCUGAGAAUCAAAAUGAUGAUGAUCAUGAUGAUUAUGAUCAUAAUGUCAAUGAAGAUGAAAAUGAGGAUGACAAUGACAGAGACGACGGUAUGGAUGUUCUCAAUGAGGGUACUGAUGAGGAGUAUGUGCCUCAUGACUCACCUAGCCCAACCCCAAAGACUCCACGGAGAAAGCGGAAACGAAAAAAUACCAAUAAAGAGAAUGGAGAAGACGCAUCAAAAGCCUCCAAGAAAGGCUCUGUCGAAUGUCCUACAUGCCACAAAACAUUCCUUAGCAAGUACUACUUAAAAGUACACAACAGGAGACAUACAGGUGAAAAGCCCUUUAAAUGUGCUAAAUGCGGAAAGUGCUAUUACAGAAAGGAAAACUUGCUAGAACACGAAGCAAGGAACUGUCUUAAGAGAACAGAGGUGACGUUUUGUUUGUGCCAGGUGUUUUCAUGUUCCAAAUGUACCAUGACCUUUACGAAGCGACAAGAGCUUCGCCUCCACACAGUCACACACACCGGAGAGAUGCCCAAUAAGUGCACGUCAUGCUCUGAGCAGUUUAUGCAGAAGAAAGACCUCAGAAGCCACAUGAUUAAAGUUCACGGAGCUCCUAAGCCACAUGCCUGUUCAUUGUGUACCAAGUGUUUUCUGUCCCGCACCGAGUUGCGUCUGCAUGAGGCAGCCAAACAUCGCGGUGAGAAACUGUUUGUGUGUGAGGAGUGCGGCCACAGGGCCUCCAGCCGCAACGGCCUGCAAAUGCAUAUCAAAGCCAUUCACAGAAAUGAGCGCCCCUUUGUGUGUGAGUUUUGCAAUCAUGCUUUUACUCAGAAAGCCAAUCUCAACAUGCACCUUCGGACACACACCGGAGAGAAGCCUUUCCAGUGCCACCUCUGUGGAAAGACAUUUCGCACACAAGCCAGUCUGGACAAGCACAACCGCACACACACCGGAGAGCGGCCGUUUAGCUGUGAGUUCUGUGAGCAGCGCUUUACUGAGAAAGGCCCUCUGGUACGCCACAUAGCCAGCAAACACCAAGAAGGCCGGCCACAUUACUGCAACAUAUGCAACAAAACAUUUAAAGCCAUUGAGCAGCUUCGUGUGCAUGUCAGACGCCACAAAGGCGUGAGGAAAUAUGAGUGCAGGGAAUGUGGUUACAAGUUCACCAGACAGGCACAUCUGCGCCGACACUCCCAGAUCCACACCCGCGUGGAGAACUACAACCCCAGACAGAGACGGCUGCGCAACUUGGUGGUGGAGGAUGAGAAGGCGGCUGCUUCUUCAAGUCCUUCCAGCCAAGCAGAUGGUCAGGUUGAGCCAGGGGAUCUAGUUAACCUUGUGACCCAGACAGAAGCUGUUGUGGUGGAGCAGGUGGUCUUAGCCUCUGCUGGAGGAACCGAAGGAGAACAGGCCUCUUAUUCAAUGACUGAUGAGACAGUGAAUGGUGAGCAGACUGGAUUUAGUGCCACGACUGAUGGUGGAGUUGAGCAAGGCGGGUUCACUGUGGCAGAUGUGAUGGAACAGACACUGUUGGUUACCGAUGCAUGUCCCAUCCUUCAAUCAAGUGUGGUUGUUGAGUUGUCAAGCACUGGGACUGAUGGGAAGGUCUAACUGGAGGACACUUAUUGACUCAGGAACAUAUGGAUGUGUUUAUGUUGGAGUAUGAAGAUUUGAGUUUAAGAAAGUCACGUUAUUCAAAAUAGCUUUCUCAUUACUUGCAAAACAGUAAGAAAUGGUUGUG